UUGUUUUAUUUUGAAAUGUUUUUUGUAUUUUAGGUAGCUAGAUUGCGAGAUAUGCAUGUAUUGUUAGCAGUGAUUUCAGUGGUGUUUGGUGGCUUUUCUUUGGUCUUGUAUCCUAUAGGUUUAGAGUUAGCCGUGGAGGUGACAUUUCCUGUAGCCGCGGCAACAAGUUCGGGAUUGUGCAUUAUAAGUGGAGCAACUCAGGGUAUAGCAAUUAUGUUUGCCAUGCAGUUUUUGGCACGUCCGUUGCCUAAUUGGGAGCGUAAACUGGAAUCCGGGUGUUUGCAGGAUGGCGCAUUUAUACCACAGGAUUUUACAUAUUCAUUUCUGUGGAUGGCAUGUUGUUUAACUGCGGCAACAUUUGUGAUACUUGUGCUAUUUUUCCGACCAAAAUAUAAACGAUUAAUAGAAGAGAAAAAAGCUUUGUCGAACUCUAAAACCAAAGUUUCUGUGAUAAAUAAAGAAGACUCGUCUAACAAUAGCACUGAGGUUACAAAACUCUGACACCCAACUAACCUUUAGUUACUCUUAAUUUUGUUUAAGCGUUUUGUUGUCAGCGAUAUAUUUGCCUUUAUUUAACAGUGUCGCCAAUGAUUUUUGUCAGGAUCCGUUAUUUUAAAACUGUAUCUUUAGUAUUUUGUUGUACGUGACCGUUAUCUCUACCAUAGUUUACAAUGUCAAUGUUUUGUUGACUGUGGCCGUUAUCUUUAUCCUAGUUUAACAAUAUAUCGUAAUUGUUUCGUUGUCUGUGGUCGUUUUUUUUUACCUUUGUUUUACACU